UCCGAAUCUUCCAGUUUCGCGCACUAAAUUAUGUAGUGCGAUAGGACUUGUGAUCAGCUACUAGGUCUCAUUUUAGAAAAUCUUAACCUAUCUAAAUGCUUUUUUCCCCUAGUUCCUUACAUUUUAUUAUGUUUUAUGUGCCUACCUGUAUUACGUACCUUCACUGAUUUUAUUUUAAUCAGUUUGUUUGGGAUUAUGUUUGACAGACGGAAAUGAACGUUCUGCAGUUCCGGAGCGAUUUCAAAAAUACCGCGUUUGAGAGUGAUUGGUCCAGCUCAAUUUCUCCUUUAUAUUUUUUAAAAAAUUCUUACUUUGAAGAAAUAUUUUAUUUUUAAUAUAAGUACCCUAUUUCAUAUAUUCUGAACCUUUCAACAAACACUGGUUUCACUUCCAGACACUCCGUUCCUAGGGGAUAUUAAAAUCCCAUCGCUCUUGAGAUGUGUUCAUCCUUUGAUUACUGAAAAAGCUUAAAUUUUUAUGUAAGAAUGCUAAUGACCUUGAUCAGAUUAUAAAAGAAAGCCAAUGGUAUAAUUCUGGAAACACGUAAAUCUUUAGCUAAUUUCCAUUUUAGAAUUAGUUAUUCAUAGAUAAUUUUAAAUCCGGAAGCUGCAAUUUGGUAGGAAACUAGAAACAUAGUAUCCGUCUUUGUUUCUGUUUAAAUUCGCACCUAAGGAGACAGAACUUAUAGGUAGAUGUUACUGGCAAGGCAUUAGUUUUUCUAAUGUUUUGAAUGAAAAACUACGUUUUUUCCCCCGGGGGGUGUAGAAAAGGAUUUAGGGUAGGUUUCGCAUAAAUAUCCAAUCAAAAAGUAGACUUGAAUUUAACUUUUUUAUUGGCUGAUUUGGUCCAAUCAGGGAUUGAGAAUGAUUAAGCACCAAUUUGCAUAAAAGACCUACAAAAACGGCCAGCUGUGCUGUUGAGCCUCCGCUUUGGGGUGUAUUCUUACUCCUUUAUCUUGUUGCAAUGCCUGAUCCAGCUAAGUCCGCUCCCGCCCCAAAGAAGGGCUCCAAGAAGGCGGUGACCAAGGCGCAGAAGAAGGAUGGCAAGAAGCGUAAACGCAGCCGCAAGGAGAGCUACUCCGUAUACGUUUACAAGGUGCUGAAGCAGGUCCACCCCGACACCGGCAUCUCCUCCAAAGCCAUGGGGAUCAUGAAUUCCUUUGUCAACGAUAUCUUCGAGCGCAUCGCCGGCGAGGCUUCCCGCCUGGCUCAUUACAACAAGCGUUCAACCAUCACCUCCAGGGAGAUCCAGACAGCCGUGCGCCUGCUGCUGCCUGGGGAACUGGCCAAGCACGCCGUGUCCGAGGGCACUAAGGCCGUCACCAAGUACACCAGCUCCAAGUAAAUGGACGCAUGUUCAAACCCAAAGGCUCUUUUCAGAGCCACUUAA